AUGCUUCCAAUCACUCUCUUUCUCGGGGCUGCCAUCGUCAUCUUGGUAGGCUCUCGCAUAUUGAGAAUAGGCCAACGUCCCAAGAACUACCCACCCGGACCACCGACGCUACCUCUUAUAGGAAACAUUCAUCAAAUGCCCACUCGCGACGCCCAUCUUCAAUUCGAGAAAUGGGCUCGUGCAUACGGGCCCAUCUACAGCUUGAUUCUGGGCACAAAGUGCUUGAUUGUGCUGUCUAGUGAUGAAGCCGUUAAGGAGCUGCUGGACAAACGAAGUGGUUUGUACUCGCAUCGUCCUGAGAUGUACAUCGGACAGACUUUGUGCAGUGGUAAUCUUCGGUUGCUCAUGAUGUUCCGGAAAAUGAUCCACAAUCUCUUGAAUGUGACCGCUUCCAAGAAGUACAUACCUUACCAAAUGCUCGAGAACCGACAACUGCUCCAUGAUAUCCUCAUACAGCCAGAAGGGUUCCUGAAGCACAUCCGGCGAUACUCCAACGCCCUAACAACCACAAUGGUGUUUGGAUGGCGCACGCCAACAUACGAAGACGACAAAAUGAUGCAGCUCUUCGACGGAUUCUCCAAAUUCGCAGACAUCAACCAAACAGGCACAGCAGCCAUAAUCGACUUCUUCCCCUGGCUACGAAACCUACCCGAAUUUCUCAUCCCAGCCCAGAAAAAAGCCAAAGAGCUCCACCGCCGCGAAAAAGCCUUAUACCUCAGCCACUGGCUCCGAGCAAAAGAAGAAAUCCGCCAAGGCAAACUAAACCCAUGCUUCUGCGCAGGAAUGUACGAAGCCCAGCAGAAAGACGGAUUCAGCGAUGACCAAGCAGCCUAUAUCUCAGGCACACUACUCGAAGCAGGCUCAGACACAACCUCAAGCACGCUUUACGCCUUCAUCCAGGCCAUGCUCCUCUUCCCUGAUGUCCAGCGCAAAGCCCAAGAUGAGAUCGAAAGAGUCAUAGGCUCGUCCAGACUCCCUGUUAUGGAAGAUUUAUCCGAAUUGCAGUACAUCCGAGCCUGUAUGAAAGAAACAGUCCGAUGGAUGCCAACAACCAUUCUCGGCGCCGUUCCCCACGCCGUAACACAAGACGACGAGUACAGGGGGAUGUUCAUUCCCAAAAAUGCAGGCGUCCUCAAUAACGUCUGGGCAAUCCAUAUGGAUCCAAAUCGGCAUCCGAACCCCCGCACAUUCAAUCCAACCCGCUACCUAGAUGAUUGCCAGAGUUUUGGAGACGCAGCUGCGAAUCCGGACCCGUCACAGCGUGAUGUAUUCACAUUUGGUGCGGGAAGACGUAUAUGUCCCGGCAUCCAUGUUGCAGAGCGGAGCUUGUUCCUGGGCAUGGCGCGCAUUCUGUGGGCUUUUAGGAUUGAGGCUGAGAUUGUGGAUGGGAGGCCUGUUUUGCCGGAUCCGGAUCGUCUGACGCAGGGAUUUGUCUGUAUGCCUGAAGAGUUUGGGGCGAGGAUUACGCCGAGGUCGCAGGGGAGGGCGGAUUUGGUUGCUAGGGAGUGGAGAGAGGCUGAGAGGGAUUUUUUGGAUCCUUUGACGAGGCAGUGGGUGCAUUCUCCUGUUGGUUUCAGUUCGUAG